AUGGUACAGAAGGUCUCGACAGGCAAAGAGCAGCCGUGGAUGGACAUGUACCCCCACAAGAAGCUGGUAGACGAGUCGGAUCCCAACCUACCUUUAUUUGUGGACGUUGGUGGGGGCAUUGGCCACGACUUGACGAGGAUGUACAACGCAUAUCCCGAGACAGCUUCGAGACUUUACCUCGCAGAUCUUCCCGAGGUUGUUGCGUCGAAUAUUGUCCCCGAAACUAUCAACAAGGUGGACUACAACUUCUUUACUCCUCAGCCUGUGAAGCAUGCCAAAGCCUACUACUUACAUCACAUAAUUCACGACUGGUCGGACGAGCCUGCACGAAAGAUCCUAGAAAUGCAGAAGAGCGCUAUGAAGCCUGGCUAUAGUAGACUUCUUAUCCAUGACCAGAUUCUCGAUGAUGAGAAAAGCCAGAUGUCUACAGCUGCCUUCGACAUUGCGAUGAUGGUCUACCUAGCAGGGCAAGAGCGCACCGAGAAACAGUGGUUGGCUUUGAUCGAUUCAGUUGGAUUGAAGGUGGUCAAAUUUUGGAAGAAACCCCCUGACCACUUCAGCGUUAUUGAGCUUGAACUGGCCUAA